GAAGAGACGAGGAACACGAGUUGUGACCUUUUCUGACUCGAUCAAAGGCUGACCGUAUCCAAUUGAUUCACAAUUGGAGCUGAAUGGCCGGUGGUUCCUUUUCGUUGCCGUUGAGACUGAAGACGACCUGCAAGACGUCUUUAAUGUGAGGGACAUCAAGUGACAAGACCAAGAGUUUUCUUCAGUCGGUCAGUCAGUCAGUCAGACAUCCAUUCACCCCUCGGGUUGUACGAAAUAUAGUGCUGGGUUGGACAUGGAGUCGGGAAAAACGUGGUUUCAAAGCCCACUCGGUCUUCAGAAUUCCUUCAAACCUUUUCAAGAGGGUCCACCGGUUUCCUCUAGUAAGUCAUUGGUGAGCUCAUCCGCAUUCACCCCUCCCCCCACCCACAGAUUGUCCGCACCCUCGUGGAGUCCAUUUCAUACCUUGAAUAUGAUCCACCGUCCAGUUGGGAUCAAACCCAUUGCUCCGGCUCCGUCAAGUCCCUGGGGCAUGCUACCUUGGAAUCCCAUGGAAUUGCGGGCUCGUUUUGCUCUCCUAGAUUCCCUGAGACAAAUAGCGAUUGCCUCGUCGAUGCCCAAUACUACUGAAGGGUAUCAUCCUCCACUGCCUCCUCCUCCACCACCUCCUUCACUUCGUCCAGUUCGAAAUGAGAAGAAUUUCUCCGCCAUUCCGAGUCUUUUGACGGGGAUCAAGCCCAAUUCUUCAUCUUGUUCAGACAAAGGUGCACACCUUUGCACCCAUCGAAAAGUCAGCCCUUUCACUUCCGCUUUGGACUUAACAUCGAGUCUUAGCCACGAGAACAGUCUGAGAAGGGUUUCCAAGGGAGGCUCAUCGUUUCUGAUUAAGUAUUCAUGCAAGUAUUGUGGAAAAGCCUUUCCCAGGUCUGCCAAUUUGACACGCCAUCUUCGCACUCACACUGGAGAGCAGCCCUACAAGUGCAAAUACUGCGAAAGAUCAUUCUCGAUCUCUUCAAACUUGCAAAGGCACGUUCGUAACAUCCACAACAAAGAAAAACCUUUUAAGUGUUCCCUGUGCGAUAAUAGUUUCUGUCAACAGAGCAACUUGGAACGUCACAUGAAGAAACAUAACAUCGACUACAGAGCCCUUGGAGCACGAGGAGUUGUUACAGAAGUUAGAGGAACAGGAGGAGGAGGAGAAGAAGAGGGAACCGAGGAGAAAAGAGAACAAGUCGCUAUAGGACAAGUUCCACGAGUCACUCCUCCACAUCACUCAACAACACCAUCAUCAUCAUCAUCAACAAUUGCCACAAGUACUCGCCUCCACGCUGUCUCUCUGUCUCACAGGCAGAGUCCCUAAACUCUGAAUGAUUGACAGGGAAAUCUCAAGGGUGAAAAAUGCUAAUUAUCCUGAUGUUUUCGCCUUCAUUCUGAUGGUGUCCCUCCCUACCCUGUCAUCCAAUGCUCAAAUACACAUGAUUGUUUCUAAUGCCUCUUGGUCCUCAGAACAAAAAAAUAAAAAAAUAAAAAACAUGACCACAUUAUUUUAGAAAUGGGCUUUCUUAGUAGAAUCUAUAUCAACACUUCCAACUUUCGUUCAAGAGGAAUA